UAGCGGGAGCUGGGCGGACGCGAAUUCACCACUUUCUUUUACGAGAGCGCGCUUGCUGCGGAGCUGGCUGUGUAAGCGUCAGUGUUCGGGAUCGCGCACGCACCGCCCACUCUGCGUCUGAGCCGCCGGGAAAGACAGAGCGAGACUGAGAGACCGGGAGUAACAAGAUCUCUUAUCCGUAGUGGAUAAAGAUGGCGGAUCAGCGGCAGCGCUCUCUCUCCACCUCCGGGGAGUCUUUGUAUCAUGUGUUGGGAUUGGAUAAGAACGCCACAACUGAUGACAUCAAAAGAUGUUACCGCAAGUUGGCACUAAAGUAUCACCCCGACAAGAACCCAGACAACCCUGAAGCGUCUGAGAAGUUCAAGGAGAUAAACAACGCACAUGGUAUCCUGAGCGACGGCACAAAGAGAAACAUCUACGACAAGUACGGAUCCCUGGGCCUCUAUGUGGCGGAGCAGUUUGGCGAGGAGAAUGUCAACACGUAUUUUGUGCUGUCAAGUUGGUGGGCGAAGGGCUUGUUUAUGUUCUGUGGAUUGAUUACCGGAUGUUAUUGCUGCUGCUGCCUGUGCUGUUGCUGUAACUGCUGCUGUGGGAAGUGCAAACCGAGACCCCCCGAGGGGGAGGAUCAGGAUGUUUACGUGUCCCCUGAGGACCUGGAGGCUCAGAUGCAGUCGGAUGAGAGAGACACUGACGGCCCAGUGUUGGUACAGCCCGCUUCCGCAUCAGAGACCACACAGCUCACCAGCGACUCCCACACCAGCUACCACACUGAUGGAUUCAACUGAGUGUCCAUGGGACCCCUAGAGCUUUAGGAUUAGGAAGGAGGGGGGAGGACUGAAUUUGCCCCUACACCCCUCUGUUUAAACAACCCUAACCCCCCAUCUGACCAGCUUUUAUCUGCUCCCCUUGGUGCUGUGAUUGAACGGCCGGGGGGCUGGCGCAUGCUCUCCACUCACCAUGAUCAGAUUUUAAUUUAUUUUUAUUUUCUUUAUGUCUAGUUUUUAUUGGGUCUAUUUUUGUAUUGGAACCUGUUGAUGCCGCAAACCCUGGCCCCUCUCCCCCCCCCAACCCAGGGGCAUUCGUACCACUCCUGCCCUGUGGAUUUCCUCUAAGGGAUUGUUAUGGGCCUUGGAUUGUCGGAAUGGAGCAUGAGAACAAACAGUUACUUGCCUGAGCCCUACCCCAUAUGCCAGUCCUGACUCCCCCUUGUGCCCCAGUCACAUUGCCGUGCUGCUAAUUGUGUGAAUGGCCAGUGUAAAUGUUUGUGCACUCAAUACAGCCCCGACCCUAUUUUGCAACACUGCAUUACCAGUGCCAGGGGAGGGAGUCAGUCACUUUUCUCUGUGUACAAAUGUAAAAUUGACUCACCCUGUGUGUAUCCUGCAUUACCAAUGACUGCCAGGAGAUGGUGAGUUUUGGGUCCCAUUGGCUGUAGGUUUAUCUUCUUUUUUAGUGUGACUUUGUGGUACCUGUGCCCCAAAAAAUGUAUUGACCUGUUAUAGAGAAUAUUACAGUAAAUGCCACCCUUAGGUCCUUGCACAGUGACUUAUACUCAGCUGUGCACAGUUCUGGUAGUGUGGGCAGUUCUAUAUUUAUUUGUAUAUUGUGUCAGUAGACUUUAUAGCACAGUGUUUAUCUGUAUAUAGUGUCACUAGUACGCACAACGCUAAUCAGUGUGAAAUGACUACACAAAUCCCUUCUCACACUGUGGCCCCUCCCCCAGCUGAGUUGGCAUCAAUGUGAACCCUACAGUCCUAUCUCAUUGGCACCCAUCUGUACAUUAGGUGCCUGCAGUAGUAACAAGCACUCAUCUAUACAUUAAGUUCCACUGAGUAGUAAUAAGCUUCCAUGUGUUAUUAGAGCCUGGCUAAAGCGAAGCACUUGGGCAGAUAUAGUGCUAGUAGAGUAACUAAAGAAUGAGGCCCAGUUAAACAAAUGAGCCAUAAACAUAAUGUUUAUUUGGGGAAAAGUAAAAUUUUUGAGGGGAGAGUAUGUGCCCCUUUGUUGUUAGUACAUGUGCCCCAUGGUCAGCAAUAAGUGCAACUAAGUAUCUGUAGAAAUAAAAUCAUCUGGACUUGCUGUGUUUCUUUCUUGAAGACGUUUCACCAGUCAUCCAACUGACUCUCUCAAUUCAGAAUAAAUUGUAAAUAAGAUAUUUUGAGAAUAUAUCCUCUGGAAUGUUGCUCCAAUCAGCAUAAUCUGUUCAUUAUUAGAUCUUAUUCACAAGUUAUUCUGAAUUGAGAGAGCCAGUUGGAUGACUGGUGAAACGUCUUCAAGAAAAAAAACACAGCAAGUCCAGUUGAUUUGACUUAUUUCUACAGAUAUACCAUAACCUGGAUGAAUGAGAAUCUUGGCAAACAUAGUGCAACUAAAUGUUUGGGGUAACCGAUGAUCAGUUCAGCACAUCAGGUUGGGGCUGGAUUUUUGUCCCAUUCCUCCUUACAGAAUAGCUUCAACUCAGGGUUGGUGGGGGUUUCCUUGGUUGAAUUGCCCUAUCAGCUCCUCCCACGCCAUCCCUAUAGUGCUAUGGUCAGGUGACACAUUCUUUAGUAGGUGGACCUGUGUGUGUAGGACAAUGUUCUCUGGAGCUUCAGUUCUAUGUGGGUCUCAUCCUUCCACAGAACAUUCUUCCAAUAGUCUUCUGGCUUGUUCAUGGG